ACGGUCCCGGGCUCGUGGGCUCAAACUUGAAGACCGGCCCGUGACGGGCUCAGGAGGACCACCAGGACCGGCCCACCCAGGACCGGACCACCAGGCCCGUUAGGACCGCGGGCCCGGUCCGGUCCGGUCCGGUUCAGGCCCGGCCCACCGAGCAGCCCUAUCCUAACAUACAUUUAGAUCAAAUCCAGAGCCUGCUGAUUUCUAAGGUAAAAAAUAACGCAAUUACCUCUUCGUGUAUAAAUGUAUCAAGUUAAAGAUCCUUCUUUUUAUCCAUUUAGACAUUUAACUAUAUGCAGCCUCUCUGCAAGUAAAAUGAAGCUGAUUGACUGACAUAUAAGCGUUAUCGAGGAAAAUCUCUCUUUUCUUCUUCCUCUAAGGGCAUGAUUUUCUGAAAUGUCCUGCUAGGAAUGAUUUCUCGACAUGCUUCACCUACAUAUUACGGAGUAUCAUUUAUUUUUCCUAGUGCUUUCAUUCUCUGGUAUGCUUCUGCUGAUUGGCACUGCCAACCACAAGACACAAGGUAUAGAUUUUAUUCGUAUUGGAAGAUAUGAGGUUGUACACGAGGAAGUUCGAGAGAAUUGCUUAUCAAUGAUGGACACUCAUGGUCUUGAAGAGAUAAAGCAAAGGAUAGAGCAAAGCAAAGUUGUUGCUGUUACGUGUUUGGGGAUAACUAGCCCAUUGCUUUCAAACAAGAGAUUUGAUGUGUGUAUCAUGGAUGAAGCCGGACAAACUACGUUGCCGGUGAAGUUUUAUUAA